AUGACGUCGCCUGCCAACAAGCAGAAUCCCAUCCAGGCGAACAACACCCCCGCGACUACGGCUUCUUCGUAUGCCUCUGCUGCAGGUGCGCCUAAGAAGUCAGCCCAGGCCCCUAUAGUCGCAACUGGAUCCCACCCUCCCACGGUGGUUGGAGUUUCGUCUUCUUCGCAGAAUGCGAAAGACGCCUCAUCGUCUCCUGUGAACGGCAAACCCGCCGUCACCCCCGCUGUCCCUGCUGUCACUCGCAGCAGUGCUAACCUCAACGGUCCCGAUCAUUCUCGCAAGAGCUCCGUCACCAUGGCUGCCAACGGUCCAAACAGUUUUGUCGCCAACGGUGGUCCCGUCACCGCUGGUAAGCCUGGCAUCCAGUUCGGCUACGACUCUCCUGCAAUGACCAACAGCACACCUCAGACCUCCAGUGCUGCGCCCAUUCCUAUUCCUGGUGGUGGAAAUGCCCGAGUCCCCUCUCCUGCUCACUCACCUUCACCUAUUCCUCAGCCUUCGGCCAGUGGUGGCCGGCCUCCUUCUGGUCUCCAGCAGGCAGGAGGUAAUACAAUGACAUUUGGCAGUCUCGGCAGCGAUGGCGAACGCCAUAUGAGGCAGGGCUCUACUCCAACGAACCCCAAUGCACAGCCUGGAGCUCACUUCCGACGUGAAUCUGGCCACUCAGCGCAAGGUGACGGCGCUGGUCGAGGUAACUUCCAGCCCCAGGGUGGUCGUGGCCGCGGAUACAAUCCCCACGGCGGCAACUACAGCUCGCAGAUGGGUUUCCCUCCCGCCAACCAGUUCCGUAACGGCCCUGGUCAGGGUCGUGGCAUGCCUCCAGCGUUCCAGCCUCAGGGUCGUAACCUUCAGUACCCCAACUCCCCACAGCCUGCCCGAAGCCCGGCUCUCGUCCCCUCGCUCCCGGGUACACCUAACAUGCAGCCUGCCACUAUGCAGCCUGGCAUGACGCCUCAAUACCAUUACCAACCUCCCAUGCCUCAACAGCAUCAACAAAACUACGGUUAUCCUCCCCCGCAGGUGGAUGGCUUCGGACGCCCACUGUCGAUGCAAUACAAUUAUGCCAAUAUGCCGUAUAUGGCUGUACCUCCCCAGGCUAACUCUCCUAGCUACGGACAGAACUAUGUCACUCCCUAUACACAGCAUGGUCACAACAUGUCACGAACACCCUCUCAGCCUGAGAGGCCACCGAGCGCCAGCCAGCCAAAUGCUCCGGUCGUUGUGUCAUCUACCCCACAGCCCCAGAAUUCGUCAUUAAAGCCCACCGCAAACAGCUUCGUCAAGGUGCCUAAGAAGAGCGCCGCUAUCCAGAUCAAGAACGCUGCUGGUGAAGUCAUUGACACCUCGUCCUUCAAAACUCCAUCAUCUCCCGCUCCCAGCAUCCAGCAAUCCAAGACUCCUCCCGUGAUCGUUUCAUCUACCCCUCCUCCAAAGCCAUCUACCCCAUCUCACGGCCGCACUGAUAGUCAUGCUGCCACCAAGACCGCCAAGCAGAUUCAGGAUGAGCUUAAGGAGAAGAUCAAGCAAGCCACGCAGGCGCCGCCCAAGGAGGAUAAGCCAAAGCCCGUUGAGCCUGCAGCUAAAAUCGAAGACAAGCCUGCUGAGCAAUCUGAGGCCAAGCUCACCGAGACCAAGGCCGAGCCUGCACCUUCUACUAAGGCUGAGCCUGAAAGCAAGCCCGAACCUGAGGUCAAGGCCCCUGAAGCCACUCCUAAGAUAGAGGAGCCUAAGAAGGAGGCUGAGAAGCCCGCUGAGCCUGCUAAGAAGGAAGAAACUGAGGAGGAAGAGAUAGAGCGUAUGAUACGUGAGAUGGAAGAAGAGGAUGCUCGCCGUGAGAAGGCUGAGGAAGAGCACCGUAAGAAGGUCGAGGCCCAGAAGGCCAUUGCCAAGGAACAAGCCGAAAAGGAUCGUGUUAAGAACGCUGCAGAGGAAGACCGCAAACUCCGAGAACAAGAGCGCGAGAUGGAGCGUCUCGAGGAGGAGAAGGAGAAGCGACGUCAACAGGCCGGCUCAUCUGCUCCUUCAGUCGCCGAACUCCUCUCCCAGGCUCGAAGCGGCAAGGACACUGAGCCUACCAAGGUCGAGUCUGUUACCGACAAGCUUGCUAGCAUGAAGAUUGGAGGCGAUAAGCCUGCCGACUCUGCUGCGCCCAAGCACGAGAAGCGUGGUGCGAAGCCUGCUGCUCUCAACUUGGCCCCUCUUAACACCAAGCCUGUUGAGCCUGCUCAACCUAGCGCUGCCCUGCAAUCGCUCAAGUCUGCUCGUUUCCUGAAGGUUAUCGAGCAAGAUAUCUACCCUGCUGGCAUCAAGUCGCCCAAUCCUGCCCUUAAUGCAGCUGUCCAGAAGAAGGGCAAGACAUUCAAGUAUGAUGCCAACUUCUUGUUACAGUUCCAAAAGGUCUUUACUGAGCAGCCUUCUCUCGAAUUCGGCCAGCAAGUCAAGUCUCUUAUUGGCGAUGACCGUUCCAGAACCAACACUCCUGGCGGCUCUGGCCGAGGCUCUCGUGGUCCCAGCUCAGGUAUCGGCAGUGGAUUUCCUAUGGGUAGCUUCAACGCCCCCACCGCUUCCCGACCUCUCCCCAGUAACAGUACCUCUGAACUCCGUUUCGCCCUGUCCAACCAGCAGCGACCUGGCAUUGGUUCCAUGGGCCGUGGUCCCAGCAAUUUCCCUACAGGCGGCUCCUCCCGUGGCCCCUCUCAACUUCCUAACUCUCCCCGUGGGUCCCGUCGUCGUGGCGGCGGCAGCCAGCGUGGCGAAGGCGUCAGGGAGGCUCAGGCUGCUAAGACCAUGCCUUUGACUGCCGGCCAGGAGCUUAAGCCCAUUGCCCAGACCGCCAAUGGUUGGAAGCCUACAAGUAUUGGCAAGAAUGCCAAUCCAGCCGCUGCUAAUCCCUCUGGUCAUCUUGAGCCUGAUAUGGUUCAAAGAAAGGUCAAGGCGGCACUCAACAAGAUGACACCCGAGAAGUUUGACAGAAUUGCAGACCAGAUCCUGCUCAUUGCAUCCCAGUCCAAGGAUGAGUCCGACGGGCGUACACUUCGUCAAGUCAUCCAGCUCACCUUUGAGAAGGCCACUGAUGAGGCCCAUUGGGCUUCCAUGUAUGCCAAGUUCUGCAAACGUAUGCUUGAGACUAUGAGCCCCGACGUCCGUGAUGAGCGUAUCAAAGACAAGAAUGGUAACGUCGUCAGCGGUGGUAACUUGUUCCGCAAGUACCUUCUCAACAGAUGUCAGGAGGAGUUUGAGCGCGGUUGGACCGUUAACUUGCCUGACAAGCCUGAUGAGGAAGAAGACGCUGCGGGUAAGAAGACUGCUGAGGCUGCUCUCCUGUCCGAUGAGUACUAUGCUGCUGCUGCUGCCAAGCGACGUGGUCUUGGUCUAGUCCAGUUCAUCGGUGAACUUUACAAGCUCGGCAUGCUUACUGAGCGUAUCAUGCACGAGUGUGUGCACAAACUCGUCGACUAUAAGGGAGUACCUGACGAGGCUGAAGUUGAGUCGCUUAGCAAGCUGCUCAGGACUAUUGGUGGCAACCUCGACAGCACUGAGAAGGGUCGACCCAUGAUGGACGCUUACUUCCAGCGCAUCCAGACCAUGAUGGAUCUUCCCGAGCUUCCCAGCCGACUCAAGUUUAUGCUCAUGGACGUUAUGGACCUGCGCAAGGCCGGAUGGCACUCCAAGGAGACCAACAAGGGCCCCAAGACCCUCGAUGAAGUCCGAGCUGAGGCUGAGGCUGCUCAGGCCGCCAAAGCUCAGGAGGCUGCUCGCACUAAUCAGCGAGGUGGCGGUCGCCCUCCCGUCGGACGAGGCGACGCUCGCAACUUCUCGGCUGGUUACGCACAACAAACCAGUAAUCAGGUCGGAAUGGACGACCUGCGCCGUCUGAAGGGCUCUGCCAACCGAACCUCAAGCGGCAACAUCUCUCUUGGCCCUGCUUCCAUGCUCUCUUCUCGUAGUAACAGCGGAAGACGCAUGGGUCCUGGCGGCUACCUGGGUCCUCGCGGUGAGGAUUCUGCUACUUCCUCACGCACUGGCACUCCUCCUACCCGCGAGAACACCUCCCACUCUAAUGCAUUCAGCCUCCUUGCCAACAUGGAGAAUGACCACCCGGCUUCGCCCCCGUCUACUUCUGCCUCCCCCGCGAUGUCGAAGGCUGUCCCUGACAGUGAUAAGAAAGAGAGCGAGUAA